UGGCAACGAGUAGGGGAAGGAUACAAAUUUAGUCACAGGCUGUUUCUUCUGAAUCGCAGAUUGCAAUUAAGUCCUGCAAGAGCAGGAUUGUGUAGAAAAUCAAUUACGCUGUUAUUGAGAGCCAUCUGGUUGUAAAAAAACGUAACAUCUAAACUUUGGUGUUACAGUGCUGUAGGUGAAACUGCUCUUUCCCUACCUGUUGAUAGGACAAAGGGCAACUGUGUUCCGACUUCUGAAAAUCAUGAGAAUGAGAUGUUCCAAAAGUCCGUCUUGAACCUCCACCAGACUAUCUGGCUGCUUUCGUUGAAAACUGGAACUGAGAAUUGAUGUCUUGAGCAAUAAAAAUCGAAAAGUCGUAACCAUGUGUAUUUGAAGGAAGAACGUCAUUGGCCACCACUACUGUUUUCUGUAGUCAAGGGCACACCCAUUGCUAGCCUCAUCAGCCCAAUGAGAAUGCGAAUAAACCUUAAAUUUUUACUGGUCAUUCUCAUAGUUCUCGGCACCAUUACGACUUUAACUUAUUGGAUUCGAUGUGGCGACGUCACAUCUGCCCCAUUUGACCAUCUGGACCGGUCCAAUCCGAAAGCUGGAAUGAAAGGUAACCUAUACAGUUUGGAUUCUGAAGAUGACAACUUUUCAGAGAACGAUGCUAGUCCUUUAGUCCAGGAAGGAGUUCCUUUGAUUCGUACACGAGGAGGACUAAAGACUCUCGAUGACAUUGAUUGUCUUAUUAACGAGGAAUACACCGUAUCGUGUAAACAGGAGGAUGGAGAAGUAUUUAUCCCAUUUACUUUCUUGCAUGAAUACUUCGAGGUUUACGGAAAGGUUGUUCAACACAAUGAUGAGAAACAUUUCGAAUGGCAGCACAGUUAUUCGAAAGUGUACCACCCUCGAGGGAAGUAUGACCCUCACGGAGUCUUCAUGUGGUUUGAAAACUAUAACGUAGGAGUUAGAGACCGAGUUUUGUGCAUCAGUGGAGCAGAAGGUGUACCUGUCUCAACACAGUGGGAUCCUCAAGGUCAUCUUUAUCCCAUCCAAAUUGCCCAGUUUGGGCUGAGCCACUUCAGCAAGAACCUCACAGAAAAGACUCCAUCCAUAAAACUGCUUGAUGCUGGGGAGAUAUUUCCCUCAGCACAGUGGACAAUGCUCACUAAUGGUCAAACCAAGUCCCCUUUAAAAAGAGUUUUGGAAAAGACUACCCAGAAAAAGGUCCUGGAGUUCAAAACUGAUGGUUCUGACACCGACUCUGGACUUACCAUUACUUCGAAAGAAGAUUCCAAUCACAUGAUCUUGACUUUUGAUCUUAUGAUGAAGGCUAAUGUCACAUUGUCUGUGACCAUUCUUGGAGGAAAACGUACAAUUUAUAAGCUGCAUUAUGUUAUGACUGAUUCACUUCUCUCUGCACAUGAAAAUGAAAUCUUCUUUGGGAUAGGAACUAGUAAAGAUUGGAUGAAGAUAACAAGGGAUCUUAUAGUAGAUCUACAGAAAGGGCUGAUGCUAGUAAAAACUUCUAGAAAGGGAACAAAACCUCGUAGCCCAAGGGUACGUGAUAUAACUCUUCGGGGGUGGGGAUACAUUGACAACAUUACACUUUGCUCUUCGGCCCACAUGGCUCAUUUUUUUGCAGUUGCUAAUUGGUUUGUUCGUCAUCAAGAUGAAGAUGGUGGCUGGCCAAUCAUGGUUUCACGACGUCUUUUUCCUGGUAUGGCAGAUUUAGCUCCAGGCUGGUACUCUGCAAUGGGACAGGGUCAAGCCAUCUCUGUACUUACACGUGCCUUUAAAGUCACUGGGAACAUAACUUAUCUUUAUACAGCUAUGAAGGCUGUUAAACCAUUCAAAGUUCGAUCUGAAAGUCAUGGUGUAAUGACUGCCUUUGCAGGAAAGUAUGUUUGGUAUGAAGAGUAUCCCACAAUUCCCAGUUCAUAUGUACUCAAUGGGUUCAUUUACUCCCUUAUGGGUCUUUAUGAUCUAAAAAUGACUUGCACACACAAAGACUGCAAAGAGGUAACAAAAUUAUAUGAAGAUGGAAUGAUUUCUUUAAAAAAAUUGUUGCCUCUUUUUGAUACAGGGUCAGGGUCGUUAUAUGACCUUCGGCACUACUCACUGGGAGUGGCACCAAACUUGGCUCGGUGGGACUACCACACCACCCACAUUAACCAACUGUUAUUGUUAAGUACUUUUGAAAGUGACCCUAUUCUUAAAUCAGUUGCUGACCGAUGGAUAGGCUACAUGAAAGGUAAAAGGGCAGCUCACAACUGAAAUACAGGAAGAAAGUCACAAAAAAAAUUCCUUAAGUUGUUUUGAUAAAAAUCAUUAAAUGUUGGGCUUGGUGUUUGAUUAGGUACAGGGCAAUUGAUAUGCUUAAAGAUGCUGUAUUAUCUUGAAGAUUGUUAAGCCAUCUUGGUAAUAUACAUGAAAAAUGUGUGGCAUUAUACAUAAAAUGUAGUUUACUUUAAAGACAUUUUUGUAA